GCUGAAAUCACGAGCGGGGAAACGGUGUUUGUAUUCCGGUAUUCAUGUAUACAUCCAUGAUUACAGUAAGAGGUAUUGUAACAUCAACGAUAACAAAGCGACUAACUUGGCCUGAAGGAUGGCUCAGAAGGUUGGAUUGCUGUUCCUCCUCUCCAUCUUCAUGUUUCUCUCCAUGCAUUCAUUUCUGUGUGGCUGUCACCCUCACCCUGCUGGGUCCAGGAGUUCAAUGGCUGCAGUCAGGGCUGUAUCCAAUCAUACUGCAAAGAAAGACGUAGCUGCAGAGGUAUCGGGCUAUGCUGAUGUGGCCAAACAGAUUAUUGACCUGGCUGUGUUUGGAGCUGCCCAGAACCGCUCUUACAGACGGCUGGCUGACUUUACCGACACCAUUGGGAACCGUGUCAGUGGCUCGGAAAACCUGGAUAUGGCUAUCAAAUACAUGUACAAUGCUAUGAGACAGGAUGGGUUGGAUGUACAUCUAGAGCCGGUCAAAAUCCCACACUGGGUCAGAGGGAAGGAAAGUGCAGAAAUGAUUGUGCCCAGGGCCAAAAAUCUGGCUAUACUGGGACUGGGUAGCAGUAUAGGGACACCACCUGAAGGUAUCGAGGCGGAGGUGUUGGUGGUUCAGUCUUUUGAGGAACUGAAGAGUAGAGCCAGCGAGGCCAUAGGGAGGAUUGUGGUCUUUAACCAGCCAUUUGUCAGCUACGGGGAGACGGUGGCUUACCGUGCUUAUGGCGCCUCUGAGGCAGCCAAAGUAGGAGCUGUGGCCACACUCAUUCGAUCUGUUACUCCAUUCUCUAUUAACAGUCCUCAUACAGGAUGGCAGGACUACCAAGAUGAAGUAAAGCGCAUCCCUACAGCUUGUAUCACCGUAGAGGAUGCUGAGCUGAUGUGGCGUAUGGCACAGAGGGGGCAGAGGAUUGUGGUCAGACUCACAAUGGGAGCCAAGACUCUGCCUGAUGCCGACUCCUUCAAUACAGUGGUUGAGAUAACAGGCUGGCAACACCCUGAACAGGUUGUGUUACUGAGCGGCCAUUUGGACAGUUGGGAUGUGGGCCAAGGCGCUAUGGAUGACGGAGGUGGAGCCCUGAUUUCCUGGGAGGCCCUGUCUCUCAUCAGGGACUUAGGUUUGCGUCCAAGGAGAACCUUGCGAACAGUGCUGUGGACAGCUGAAGAGCAGGGUGGAGUUGGAGCGCAGCAGUACUAUAAUCUACACAAGGUUAACAUGUCCAACAUAGACCUGGUCAUGGAGUCUGACAUGGGGACAUUUACCCCGUUGGCUCUGCAGUUUAGUGGCAGCGAUGCAGCUCGAAAGGUGAUGGAAGAAGUGGUCAAACUGUUGGCUCCCAUUAAUACAACCAAACUGGAGACACACGGAGAAGGGACAGAUAUCUCACCGUGGAUGCAGGCAGGCAUACCAGGUGCUAGCCUCCACGUGGCAGACAGUCGGUACUUUUGGUUCCACCACAGUGAAGGUGAUACCAUGACUGUUCAGGACCCUCACGACAUGGACCUGUGCUCAGCAUUGUGGGCCGUGGUUGCUUAUGUCGUGGCAGACCUUCAGGACAUGCUGCCUAGGUAGCAAUGUGAAUGGGAUGACAGGAUGUUCACUGUAAACCACAGCUGGAUCAGUUAAUUCCUAAACACAUGGUCAAAUACAAAUUUCUUUUUUUUUUUAAACUUGCGAUGGAACAGAUUGAGUUAAGAAAUUUUUGUUAAUAAAUUCAAUGUGAAUUGUCCUUGGAUAAACAAGUGAGUAGGAGAGAGGAUUAAAAAAAAAACACUAUUGACCACUAGCAGUUGCAUAUCAUCAUCACAAAUGUUUUAGCUAAAUAACAGUAAACUGACACAUGAACAGAUGUUACAGUCAAAUUGAAGCGUUAGUAAUCAGUUUGUUUUUAAAUGAACACCCAAUAGAUUUACAUGCGGUUGUAGCUCAGGGCAGUGUCAUGAUCAUCUUAAAGUUUGAAGUAACAUAAUAAAGGCUUUUAUGAUCAUGAUACAUAAUGACUUAAGAUUUUUUAGAAGAGAAGAACCUAUUAUAUGUGUAGAAUGACUGAUUGAAUGAUUUUUUUUUUCCCAAGUAAAAAGCUGAUUUUCAAAUUACUGAUAAGACCAAGAAAAUUAGUGGACAUUCUCAGGUGAUGUUGUUGUCUUAAUGCCUUAAUAUAAUGUGCUGCAAAAAGGAUGAAAGGUCUGGGAAAGAGUAAAAAAUUAAACAAAGAAUUAUAAAGUCUGGAAAAACCACAUUCAAAUGUCUAAUGUUUCUGCAAGUUUCCAGUGAUGUCAAAAAUAACCUGAUCUUUAAAAGUAUAUGUUUUAUGGUUUUGACCUUUUUAGAUUAUUGUGGUGGAAGUUUGAUGUAUUAUAAGUCCUGCCUGAAUUAACCAUGACCUCAUUUACAGCAUGUUCUGUAAGAUUGUAUUGACAAAAAAAUCUUUGCAGUGUUGCAAUAUAAUCAAUAAAGUAUUAAUCAUUGUUUCCACCAUUA